AUGCCGCCGCGACCUUCCUCGUCCCUCUUGGCUCCGGGCGAUGAGCGGGAGUCCAAGCACGAGCUGACAGCGACAUAUUCACAGCACGCAAGAGCAAACGGUGCCAAAGGCACAAGCGCGGACACGGGGCAGAAAGGUGGCCCUUCUCCGGAUGACGAGUACCAGGGCCAGAUAAGUAGCAUUCAGCAGAUCUUCGCUGAGUACGACCACAACGGUUCUGGCAAGGUCCGAGUCGAGAGAGUUCCGGACUUGAUCGUGAAUCUGGGACGAGACCUGCAAGUCGGUUGCCCGGCAACUGAGCGGCGGCGAGCUCACGCCGUCAGCUGUCAUCAGCUUUGCGCAGUUGCGGGUCUGCACAGAGGUAGCGGUGCAGUGGAGCUCACCACCUUCGAGGAAGUCGUCCAGACCUUGAAGAGAGCAAGCGGCCAAGAUGCUGGGGGCAACUGCGACGCUUCGUGCGAUGCGAAUCUUGGCAAGGUGGAGGAGAGCCAGGACCGGGAACCAGACAGCGAGACCACCACACCACUGACUUUGUCGCAUCCCCGUGCUAUGUUCACAUCGUCAGUCUCUGAGUGCUGCUUGGCCGAGGCUGAAAAGGCUCAACGCCUACAAGAAGCAGUGUGA